UUACAGUAGCGCAGAGCAUUUUCAGCACAAGUGAAGCUCUUUAUUAUUUGACAACGACAACGAAAAUUCCUCGCAAACGGGUUAAAGAAAGAGGCCAAAUUGAAAGAAAUUGGUGGACUAGCUGCGGCGCUAGCUUUAGCAUAUGACCCCAAAAAUGACGUCCAGACAUGGCGAGUACGAUGUGCUUUAUUCAGUCAGCAUGGAUUCCAAUGGAAGAUGCCAGAAGAUACGACGGAAACGUGAUGGGAAGCUUCUGCUGUGGAAGGAGGUCUUUUAUGACACUUUGAGCGAGAGUGAGACGCAGACGCUGAUGUCCGAGGUGAAGCGCCUGAAGAAGCUGAAGCACCCAAACAUUGUGAGAUGUUACGACUGCAUCGUUGACAGCGCCAACACCAAGCUCUACAUUGUGAUGGAGGACUGCAUGGGUGACAGCCUGGCCAGCCUCAUUGCCUCUACAUCAAGGGAAAGACGUCAUUUGGAUGAGCAAUUCAUCCUGCGAGUCAUGGCCCAGCUCUCAUCAGCCCUGAAGUUUCACAGGAUGAUUAACGGCAGGCCCGCCACCUUCCUUCAUCACAACUUGAAACCAGACAACAUUUUCCUGGACAGCGAGCAGAAUGUGAAGCUUGGAAAGCCCUCAUACAGGCCUACAGAACAAAGGAACAACAUGUCCUUCAAUGACAAAUGUGAUAUCUGGUCACUGGGCUGUUUACUGUACGAGCUCUGCACUCUCUGCCGCUAUUUUCCUGCCCAAGAACAAAGAGUUCUUGCAGAGAAGAUGCCAGCAGGCACUGUCAUAAGAAUCCCUGGACAGUACUCUGAGGAAUUAAGCAUACUGCUCAACAACAUGCUCAACUUGACAGACUACCUGAGACCAUCUGUGGAAUCCAUUUUCCAGAGCAACCUGCUGGCUGAAGCAGUCGGGGAGGACGCGAAGAAGGCGCAGCUGUGUCUUCAAAGACGUUUAAAGCGAAUUGAUUGGAAUAAGCGGGUGCGCAAUGCUCGCAAAAACAAGGAAAACCUUACGCCCGGUGAUCCUCAGUUUGUGAUGCUCCACAAGAUUGCCAGGAGGCUCCAGACGGACAGUCGGCGUGCGAGCCAGGUGGACAAAGAACCAGUCUGUGUCUGUAGCCUCCGCUUGUGACAGCUGGGACUGAAUAUACUGUAAAUAUUUAUAUACUUUUUAAAUACUAUAUUUAUAUACUACUACUGA